AUGAACAUACAGUAUGGACGAAUCCUAUACGAACUGCAACAACCUAGUUAUUUUUUGCUACUAAACAAUAGCCCGCUAGAAUUAUUUGUGAUUGUUGAACCAAAACAUAGGGCUGGUUUUGGAGCAUUUGCAGUGGUAGAUGUCAGUGAUGAAAACAAGGGUCCUGUCGUUGAUGAAGAUAAUGAUGGAAACAAGGAUGUCCCUCCAGAAGACGUUGUUGCGAAAGAGAACGGCUUUGUGGUUGUUGCACCUGAUCCGAAAAGCGAACUACUUGUUGUAGAACCGAAUAGACCUAAAGGGAGUAAUAUUUGGCAGCAUUUGCAGCAGAAACAUUAA